AUGGAUGCAGGCUCGGGGAAAAAGGCACCCGAGGGAACAGGAUCAGUAUCUGAUCUUACCUUCUGCCAGCCAUGUGCGAACGAUGGCAAGAUCAUCUCUCCUGAUGCCUUCUGUACCGUCUGCAAGGAGUUCCUGUGUUCUAACUGUGCCCGAGUACACAGGAAUAUGAAGUUUACCAAAAGCCACGCUCUCAAGGACAAGAGUACCAUGUUUUCUUCAUUCCAACCAGAGAGUGAGAUUAAGUAUUUUACAGAAACAUGUGAGCGUCAUGCCGAAGAGUUCAUAAAAUACUUUUGUCCAAAUCAUGAGGUACCUCUGUGUGGAGACUGCUUGGCUGAGAAAGUACACAGCUCAUGCACUAUUGAAAGAAUUUCUCAAGUGGCAAAGCGGUACAAAGAGGGUGCAGAAUACAACAACCUGAAAACAGGACUUGUCCAGACGGCUAGUGACAUCGGCAAACUUUUACACGACAUACAGGCGAUCAUGAAAUCAGUUGACGAAGAAAGCUUUACCAAUAUCAAUGAGCUUCGCAAAUUCAGGAAUGAAAUGAACCAGUACCUGGAUAAAAGGGAAAACGAACUUUUGGCAGAAAUUGAUCAGAAGAAACAAACAUCCAAGACACUGCUAAAUGAAUUGAAAUCAAAAUGCACAAACAUGAACUCAUCCAUUGAGAAACUAAAGUCGGAGCUACAGGCACAGGACAACAAUAGCAACCAGCUAUUAAUAGUAGGAAAGCGAGCUAUAAAAGAGCUGGCGGGUUUCCAGGCAGCCCUAGAAGAGGUGAGCAGGAGGAGUGAAGUUCCGCGAUACAAGUUUCACAGGGACCCCGCAACUGAACACUUAAUAGCUUCUGAAAAAGCAAUAGGACGGUUAGAAGAGGGCUAUUCGACAUCGGUGUUAGGGCAGCAACAUGGACAAACGCAGACGAAGCAGGAUCAACUGCAUCAGGAGACGACGCAACAACACCAAAAACAGAUGAAAGCUGUUUCACAAAAAGGCGAAUCAACUUCGGCGGUAGGGCAGCAAGAACGACAACAACAAAAGGAGCAGCAGCCACCGCAACUCGAGACGAUGCAGCAACAACAAAAAUACAAGAAAGGUGUACCACAGAAAGACCACUUCAAAGGCAGUUCAGACCUAAGCCAGGCAAAGUUCAUCAGACAGCCAGACAUAUCUGUGAAGACAUCAGAUGAUACCCGUGACUUCUGGCUGACCAGUAUGGCCCUUCUGUCCAGAGGCAGGCUCCUUCUGGCUGACCGCUACAAUUGCUCAGUAAAGCUUGUGGACACCACUACCAAAAAGAUGGUGUCCCAGGUGAAACUUCCAGGUGGUCCGUGGGACCUGUGUCUCCUGCCCGGGGACAGGGCAGCCGUCACUCUGCCUAAAGAGGGAAAGAUACAGUUCGUAUCUACUCAGGGAAAUGAAACAUUACUGGAUAUUGUUAAAGUAGAUAGAGAAUGUCGUGGAAUAGAUUUCUGUGAUGACAAAUUGCUAGUAUCCUUCUCCUUCCCAGCCAAGGUUGUGUUGAUGGACAUGAAGGGAAAGGUGAAGAAGAGUGCGGACAAAGACAGCAGUGGAAAAUCUUUGUUUCAAUAUCCUGAGUAUCUGACAGUGACCAGAGAGAGCCAGACUCCUCCAGUUAUAUAUGUCUCGAACGGGGGCACCAACACCAUAACCAAGCUGAGCAUCUCACUAGAGGUGCUCCAGUCAUAUAAGAUCCGUUACUGA